GUGGUGGAGGGUUGGCCCUCCCCUUCCAACAUCGCCUGCAUAGAGAGGAACUGAAGGAACUGUCAGCAUCCUGUCACAAGGCCUCUGGUGGAAAGUGAACCUGUGCAGCGGUAAUCUGUUGCUUUGUAACGAGAAAGGGACGUGCACAUCUCCCCAUAGAAUGUCUGACUCACUGGUGGUGUGUGAAGUGGAUGAAAGUCUGAAAGCGAAACUGAAAAAAUUCCGUUUCCGCAAAGAGACCAACAAUGCUGCCAUCCUCAUGAAGAUUGAUAAGGAGACACAGAUGGUGAUCCUGGAAGAAGAAUAUGACGAUAUUACUCUUGAUGACCUGAGAAAUGAGCUGCCAGAACGACAGCCCAGAUUCAUAGUCUACAGCUACAAGUACGCACACACGGACGGCAGAGUGUCUUACCCGCUUUGCUUCAUUUUCUGCAGUCCUGUGGGCUGCAAGCCAGAGCAGCAGAUGAUGUAUGCGGGCAGCAAGAACCGGCUGGUGCAGAUCGCUGAGCUCACCAAGGUGUUUGAGACUCGAACCACUGACGACCUGUCAGAGGAAUGGCUCAAAGAGAAACUGGCUUUCUUCACCUAAAGAGGCAAGGGACACAAGACCACCUUUACAACCCGCAACACCAGCAGCCAGGAGAGUACAGCUUUGCUGUGUGGCUCAAUGUUUUAGAUAACAGAAGCUCAGUGUGAAUGUUCUUCAGAGCAAAAUGUAGAAAGUCUGUGCAAUAAAGAGCAUAACAGCGUC